AUGGAAAUCGUGCAGGCGAACCCGCAGGGGCUGGUCGCGGAGGAGCGGGAAGGAGGGGGGGAGAGGAAAACGGGGCUGUACUUCCCCAACAUGCUGAUAAGCAGCCACAAGGGGGAAGUGUAUUCGGUGAACUUCUCCGCCGACGGGAAGUUCAUCGCGUCGGCCAGCUUUGACAUGACCAUCAUGGUGCACAGCGUCUACAACGAAUGUGAAACGCUGAGCCUUUUAAGAGGCCACAAAAACGCAGUGUUGCAAGCCAAGUGGUGUAGAGACGACACCCACAUCUGCAGCGCAUCUGCAGAUUUCAAUGCCUUCCUAUGGGAUGUAGAAAAUGAAGCAAAAGUCAGAAGCUUUAAAGGUCACACGAGCAUCGUCAACGGGAUUGAUGUGAUUGAUUAUAACUUGUUUGCCACCUGUAGUGAUGAUUCUACAGUAAAAGUUUGGGACUUCAGAUGCAAAAAAUGGGUUCAUACCAUCUCAUAUGACUAUCCCUUUUUAGCUAUCUGCUCAGACAAAAGGGGAGAUUCCCUUUACGUGUCUUCUGUGGAUGAUAAAAUAAGCAAGUACAGCGUUACCAGUGGAGAGUUAGGAGAUACCUUUACAGGCCACACGCAUUAUAUAAGCGGCCUAGCUAUCAACAAUGAAGAGACCGUCUUGGCAUCCCUCAGUGCUGACGAGACCAUCUGCUUUUGGGACAUCCAACCUUUCCCCUGCGACGAAAAACUCUUGUUUCAACUUCCAGCCCCGAGGUUUAACGUAGAUUACAAUUUGAUUAAACUCUCUUUCAAUAGAGACAGCUUGCUCGCCUGUGGAAGUGGAGACAACCACCUGUAUAUUUACGACUACAAGCAGAAGAUGCUCAAGUACACCCUGCCUGGGCAUAGCAGCACCAUCAACGACGUUGCGUUUCACCCGUAUGAGGAGAUCGUGGCGUCCUGCUCCUCCGACAAAACGAUUUUCCUGGGCGAGUUAUGAGGGGGGGCCCACUUACGUGUGGAAGUGGAUUUUUCAACUGUACCUCCCCCCACCCUGCGCGUAAAGCGGUGUAGCGAUCUUUUUCCCCUUUUUUGCUCAGCGGGUUGGUGCGGCCUGGCCUGCACUGUCGCAACGUACGGGAGCGCAACGCCGCACAACGCAACGUGGGGAGAAAUCACGCCCAAGUUGCCCGUCAAAUGGGGCGCCUUUUUUAAGCACUCCGAAGAGGGGUUAUACUAUGCUGGGCGAGCGAAGUGGGUUAACUUUCAAUUGGUUAACUUUCAAAUGGGUUGACUUAUCAAACGAGUUGCAGCUUUUUUUUUUAAGAAAGUACACACAUAGUGGAUUGUAAUUUUUUUUUUUUUUUUUGAACUCUCACAAAAGGGAGGCACAGACAAGCGGAUCGCCUGCGGGCGGUAAAUGUGCAGAGGUGUGA